AAGAGGAAGUGACGGGAAAGGCGUUUUGUGCUAGUUGGAGGAACAAAUUGACCAGGAUUGUUUACAACGAAGUGGCCGGCAUGAGUUCCCUGCGGGAAGAAGAUGAUCCUUAUGUGAUUGAAGAGCCCAGCGAUGAAGAGCCAGCGCAGAGCAGUUCUGAAGAUGAAGUGGAUGUGCUCUUAUAUGGCACCCCAGAGCAGAAGCGUAAACUGAUACGGGAGUGUCUCACAGGAGAAAGUGAAUCUUCUAGUGAUGAUGAAUUCCAAAAGGAAAUGGAAGCUGAACUUAGCUGCACCAUGAAAAAUAUGGAAGGCCAGUGGAAGUCACAACUUCCAGGUGAUGCUUCUGUUGCUGGGCAGUCUGAAUCUGUUUCCACUUCUAAGUAUUAUGAUGAUAUUUAUUUUGAUUCCGAUUCAGAUGAUGAAGAUGUAGUAGGUUCUGCAGAAGCCAGAAAAAAGAGAAAACAUCAUGAACGGCGAAUUCCAACUAAUGAUGAGUUAUUUUAUGAUCCAGAAGAAGACAAUAGAGAUCAGGAAUGGGUAGAUUCGAUAAGAAGGAGUUAUCAUAAUAUAAGAAAUGUUCAGUCACAACAACAAGAAAAACCUCCUGCCAUUCCCAACAGUGAUGCUAUUUUGAACUGUCCUGCUUGUAUGACAACAUUAUGCCUUGAUUGUCAAAGGCAUGAAUUAUACAGAACUCAGUACAGAGCAAUGUUUGUGAUGAACUGUACAGUUGUCAAAGAAGAAAUUUUGAAAUAUAAACACCCACUGAAAAAGAAGACAAAGAGAGGACACAAGAAAAUUAAGCAGAGUAACGAAUCAACUACUGGCUCAGAAAGCCAGGAAGAAGAGAUAUAUCACCCAGUAAAAUGUACCGAAUGUUCAACAGAAGUGGCUGCAUUAGAUAAGGAUGAAGUCUUUCAUUUUUUCAAUGUAUUGGCAAGCCAUUGCUAAGAUGCACUAUUUUACAUCCUUCAAGAUUAUAUUAAAAUUUCAAAGUGAAAGAUGAUUUAAUCUAAGACCCCUUUUGUAUUUUUAAAAACUCUGCUUGACUAAUCUGAAAUGGAGAUUAUGGUAUCUGUGUUCUUCUCUGUAAAGAUAAAACAAGAGAACUUUUAAUUUAUGUACAUAAGUUGAACAGUUUUAUUCUGUUAAGUAGAAUCAAAAUAGUUCUGAGUUAAAGAGAUAUCAGUCAAUUUUCAUACUUUAUUUAAUGGCUGAAUUAUAAAAAAAAGAUAUUUUCAACAUUUAACAGUCCAAGAUUAAUUCUCUUUAAUUAUGAAUAAUCUAGUGUAUUUUUUCCUGCCUAUUAUUUCAUAUAAUUCCUGAAUUAUGUGCUGUCUGUAUUAAAGUUGAUCUAUUAUUAAAGGAUAUGGAAUGUUGAGGUAA